CCUUGGUGAGACUAGUACAUGUUUUGCACUCAGGACAAAGAGAAAGACGGUUAAAACUGCUCUAGCUGCCAACACGAGCAAGAAUGAAUUGGCCCUGGUUCUGGAGCAUUCUCUGCUUGACCUGUUCGGCAACAGUUCAUGGUGGUAAAGUACUUGUGUUUCCAAUGGACGGGAGCCACUGGGUGAACAUGAAAGUCAUAAUAGAGGAACUACACUCAAGGGGUCACCAGGUGUCUGUUGUGAGAACAUCUGACAGCUGGUACAUCAAGGAAACCUCCCCGUUCUAUACGUCAGUUACACUUGAUACUGAAUCUGGAUUCGAUGAAGAGUUUAUGACCAAAUUCGUGACCCAGUUACUGGAAAUCCAAAGAGAAGGGAAAUCUGUAUGGACACGUUUAGAACUGGAAAAAGAGCAAUGGCAGAAAGGUAUGGAGAUGCAUGACAAAAUGUCCAAAAUGAUUGAGGGUAUUUUUGAAAACAAAGAUGUAGUACAGGCACUACAAGAUGCCAAAUAUGACCUUGUCCUGGCAGAUCCUACAGCCCCAACUGGUCUCAUUCUCGCCCACUACCUGAGGUUACCGCUCGUGUUUAAUGUCAGGUGGACAACUCAUGGGGAAGGUCAUUUUGCAAUUGCACCGUCUCCUGUUUCUUAUAUUCCAAUGACAGGGACUGAGUUUUCAGAUAAAAUGAGCUUUCUUGAGAGACUUACCAACGUCAUUGUUUUUGGCAUAAAUGAAUAUUGUAUUCAGCAAUAUAUCGCACCACGUUAUGACGGCAUAAUCAAACAAUAUUUAGGCCCAGAUGUGGACUACAAGUCCCUGUUUCAAGCAGCAGACCUGUGGCUGAUGAGGGUGGACUUUGUGUUUGAGUUCCCUCGUCCCACCAUGCCUAACGUUAUCUAUAUGGGUGGGUUCCAGUGUAAACCUGCAAAACCACUCCCUGGACACCUGGAGGAUUUUGUACAGAGUUCUGGUGAACAUGGAGUCAUCAUCAUGUCUCUGGGGACUUUGAUUGGAGAGAUUCCUCAUGACUUAGCUGAUGAGAUCGCUGCAGCUUUUGCUAAAUUACCUCAGAAAGUCAUCUGGAGGCUUAAAGGUGACAGACCAGCCACUCUGGGCAACAACACUUUACUAGUGGACUGGAUGCCACAGAAUGACCUCCUGGGACACCCGAAGAUUAAACUGUUUGUGGCUCAUGGAGGAACAAAUGGAAUUCAAGAGGCAAUGUACCACGGGGUUCCAAUACUGGGUCUACCAUUAAUCUUUGAUCAGCGUGAUAAUUUAUUAAGAAUUGAAAUUAGAGGAGCUGGAAAGAUAGUUGAUUUUUUUACCAUGAAUGGAGACAUCUUUUUUGAGGGUCUUCAGGAGGUCCUGAAGGAGCCGUCCUACAGGAUGAACAUGCAGAGGCUCUCCAGGCUGCACAGGGAUAAGCCAAUGCAACCACUGGACACUGCCAUCUUCUGGAUAGAGUUUGUCAUGAGACACAAAGGUGCCGCUCAUCUGAGAACAGAGUCCUACAGAAUGCCCUGGUAUUCCUACCACUCUGUAGACGUGGUGUUGUUCUUGGUUGCAGUUGUGCUGCUCAUUCUCGGCACCUUUGCUGCCUUAAUACGAUGUUUGUGUUUUAAACUCUGUCUGAGAGCAAAAAUUAAAAGUGAUUAAAAGAUCUAAAUAGCAACUAAAAAGUAAAAUCACAAAUAUUCUUGUGCACUAUUUGCACUGUGAUUUGAUGGGGAUAGGAUGAAUACAUUUGUAAUGAGUGGAUAUAGUUGUAAUCUUGGUUUGAUUAUAUAUCAAAUGCACAACUAAUUUAAACAGGAGAUUACAUUUUUCUUACUAUUGGCUUACUUUAGUGUCAACCAUUGAUUGUUGGGUGUCUUGUGGGGUUCGGAGGUUCUUUCAUCAUUGUACGAACAGAGAUAAGUAACCCUGUGUAGAGGUGGCAUCAAAAUACAUAGAUUAUUGCUGCUUUAUGUCUUCUCAAGCCAAAGGAUAGUACAUCAUAAUAAGUUCUUAUGUGUUUAGAAUUGUGUCUCGCAUAAACCCUAAUUUGUGUCCAGACACUUUGGGAUUUGUCAAUCUUUCUUUGUUUUACGUAUCAUGCAAAUUGAAAUGUAUUUCCACAUUGAUGAGAAGUUGAAAAAUCUCUUUUGAAUGAAAAAAAAUAAAAUGGUUAAUUUACAUGAA